AUGCCAAAAAUUAAAAUGACACUUAGUUUACAAGAAUUACGUGAACGACAAAAAGUUUUGUAUCAAGCAGCGGCAGCAGUAUCAUAUUAUAUGACUGAUUCAUCAGUUGAUUUUGAUGGAAUACAAUAUGAACUUGAUAUGCCAGAUGUUUUUGCAUCAUUUAGAGGAAUUAUCUUUCUACAUGUUUGGUUUCUUUACUUGUUCGUUAUAUUCAAUGAGAUUGUUAUGGAAUAUUGUGGAGCUGGUUCAAUGUCCGAUAUAAUGAAACUUUCAGGAAGAACAUUAAAUUAUCACGAAGCAGCUAUUAUAUUAAAAUAUAUACUUAAACGAUUGGAAUAUUUACAUUUAUGUAGUAAAAUUCAUCGAGAUAUUAAAGCAGGAAAUAUUCUUUUAACAAAUGAUGAUCAUACUAAAUUAGCUGAUUUUGAAUACAAUGGCCAAACGAAACAUAAUGAACGGAAUAUAAUUUUGGUAAGAAUUGGAAAUUUUUAUAAGAAAAAUAUGAGAAGAAAGACACUUGAUUAGGAUGGCAUCAGAAGUGAUUCAAGAAAUCGGACAUAGU